AAAUGUUGCCACACUUGAACCUACAAUUUGAUUAAUGGCCUUAUGCUAAAAUACUGAGAAAAAGGACUCUAGAAAGCAAGUAAGUAAAGCACAUUUUACAGCAUCAUUUAAAUUUGUAGAAAGCUCUGCAAACUACUCAGGUUUUCCUUUAUUCACUGACAGCUAAUAAUAUUAUGACAGAAAAUGGGGGAUUGGAAUUUAUUAGGGAGUAUUUUAGAAGAGGUCCACAUUCAUUCCACCAUAGUCGGGAAGAUCUGGCUCACAAUCCUCUUCAUUUUCCGGAUGCUUGUGCUCGGCGUUGCGGCUGAGGAUGUCUGGGAUGAUGAGCAGAGUGAGUUUGUUUGCAACACAGAGCAACCCGGCUGCAAGACCGUCUGCUACGACCAAGCUUUUCCCAUCUCACUCAUCCGCUACUGGGUCCUGCAAAUCAUCUUUGUGUCCUCACCAUCUCUGGUCUACAUGGGUCAUGCCUUGUAUCGUUUGAGGACCCUUGAGAAACAGAGGCACAGGAAGAAAGCCUGUCUGAAAGCUGAGCUGGAAGGCACAGAUCCUAUCCAGGAAGACCAUAAGAGAAUCGAGAGAGAGCUCAGGAAAUUAGACGAACAGAAGAAAGUAAGGAAAGCUCCUCUCAGGGGCUCCUUGCUGCGUACAUAUGUUUUCCACAUUUUGACCAGAUCUGUGGUGGAGGUGGGUUUCAUUAUAGGACAGUGUGCUUUGUAUGGUAUUGGACUGUCUCCUCUUUAUAAAUGUGAAAGGUUGCCUUGCCCUAACAGUGUUGAUUGUUUUGUGUCACGACCAACAGAGAAGAACAUUUUCAUGGUUUUCAUGCUGGUUAUUGCUGGAGUUUCUUUAUUCCUCAACCUCCUGGAGAUUUUCCAUCUGGGGGUGAAGAAGAUCAAACAGAUCUUGUAUGGAUACAAAUAUGGGGAUGAUGAGAGCGUGUGCAGGUCAAAGAAGAACUCCGUGGUGCAGCAGAUCUGUGUGCUCUCCAAUUCCUCACCACAGAGAUUAAUGCAGGUCACACAGAUGACCUGCUCUGUUGUACCUGAUACUCAUGGGGAAACUCAGCCUUUGAAUUUGGCCUUAGCAGCUCCUCAGAAGCAGGAAGGCUUCAACAUCUCCAACCAGCAGACAUACCACCCAAGCCAAACUGAAAUCCAAGGUCUACAACAGCUGUGUGCCAUGGAACGACACUACACUCUGGAAAAUAGAAAGCCCUCAUGCAGCAGUGAUGAUUCAAAUGGACCCCAUGGCUCUGGUAAACCACACUAUGCAGGACCUCAACCUAUGCUGAUGCCUGGCCACAUGGAGAUCCCAGCAGCCCUGAGGAACCCACAGAGGAAACAGAGCAAAGUGAGUGUAUGCAAGGAGCUCAGUGACAUGAGUGAUUCUCCAGAGAGUGAACACUAUCCCACAGCCAGAAAGUGCAGUUUUAUGUCCCGAGGACUGUCAGAAGGAAAGCUGGCCAGUCCAUCUGACAGUGGAGACUGUCAGAGUGGAACAGAUGAUGCGUCCCAGCACUCCAGUCAGGAGGAGAGUCCAGUGAUGGCCCCACCGCCUCCAGCUGGAGGGAGGAGAAUGUCCAUGAGCAUGAUUCUGGAGCUGUCUUCAAUCAUGAAAAAGUAAACUAUAAAGUACAGUUUUGGGACUAACCAGGAGCUGUAUGGGAGUUCUAAAGGAGCCAAGUGAACCUGAUCUCAAAGUGAAAUUCAUCCUGUUUCUCAGCAGCAACCUUGUAUGUUGUGCUUAUAUACUAUGCUUUCUGCACAGACACUUCAGUUAUGUUAACACACUGCAGGGGUGGUGCUAAGAUGUGUCCAUGCGUCGCUGAAUGCUUGGAAGUUGUCACUGGAUGCAUUUUGGAACUAGAACUUCACCCCAUAACACAUCCAAUAAAUUGUAAGUGGAUAUGUGGUAGACGCUUGUUUUCCAACUCUCCGAAACCACAAAAUAUCUGCACCAUUCUGAACACAUUACUUUUGCAUUGGCUUUCAUGGGAAAACGUUCACCUCCAAAAACAAUUUGUCCAUCAGCUGAUGACAGUCAUAAAUUUAGACACCAUUGGGACAGGUUUCCACUUUCAAGGUGGCAGCACCUAGGCUUUCACAGAAUAUAUCACUGAAGGAGAGAAAGUGGUGACCUCUCCCAGAAUAGUGAUGAUGAACUGUUAUAACAGCAACUUUCUGUGGACCAAGAUUUUUCAUUUAGUAAAUGAUUUAGUAAUUAAUAAACAUAUUGAUUUAUUUUGCCUUACAGAAACCUGUUUACAGCAGGAUGAACAUGUUGGUUUAAAUGAAUCAACACCCC